AGUCUCGACUUUUGCAAUGUUUUGGAGUCGUUUUGAGCACAUGGUAUUUGAAAUUGUAUAGUAUUGUGUUGGUUUAUUGUUCAUUUCCAUUCAAAUAAUCGUAAUUAUUUAAGAAAGCUAAAGACAUUCCAGCAAGCCAUGGAGGAUCUUGAUGAGAGAAGUGAAAGUCCAUCAUCUCCAGGAACAGUUUAUGAAAACUUGUGUACAAUAUGUGAUAAACCUUCAAAGUAUCGUUGUCCAAAAUGCUCUACUUUUUCAUGUUCCUUGGAAUGUGUGAAAGUACACAAAGAUGAAAGUGGAUGUGAUGGAGUUAGAGAUAAAACAGCUUAUAUACCAAUAGAGGAAUUUCAUGAGCGCCAUUUAUUAAGUGAUUAUCACUUUUUGGAAAAUAUUGGUCGCACUAUUGAUAAUGCUCAACGAUCAAAGAAAAAAUUUGGCUUAAUGCAUUACUUACCUCAUAAUCUAUAUAGAUUACAGAAAGCUGCAAGAGAGCGCAAAAUUGAUCUUCAUAUUCUUCCUCUUAUGUUUGCAAGAAGGAAAGCUAGUACUACAUUUCUAAGAUACAAUGAUAGAAGAAUAUUUUGGAAACUAGAAUGGAAAUUUCCACAGUGUGAUUUUAUAUCGUGUGAUGAUAGAGUUGAUGAAGACAUGUUACUUGGAGCAUGCUUGGAUAAAUAUUUAUUACCUGAAUCUAUAGAUAUUGCUGGCAAUAAACUUAUGUAUUAUCAAUCAUUGGGUCAUAAAGGUGUUUCUGUGUUUCUUAAGAAAGAAUCAUCGGCAGCUAAUGAAAACAAGUAUGUUUUAUUGAACCAAAAUAAAAGUCUAAAAAGAAAUUUCAGAGGAAAGAAAAUAAUUGAAUUUCCUACUCUCUUAGUUGUACCUAACAUUCAUAUCUCUUGUUAUAUAGAAUCAAAAGAUUCGUAUGAAGGAGAAAAAUGUUCGAAAACCGAUGGUCCCAAUGAUGAAAUUAAAGAUAUUGACUGACAGAACAAUGUGUAAAAUAUUAUUGUACAUAAUAUGUAAAUAAAACUUUCUUUUCAUUGC